AUGUGGUUGGCAUCUCUGUGUGCCAUUGUCCUCAGCUUUGCACGCGUCAAUGUUGGAGACGACUCCUCCAAUCUGUUCAUUCUCCCCACUGCACCCGGGCCAAGCAACAAUUUUGUUGCAAACUCAUCGUGGACACUUGGAUCUACUCAGAAGAUCCAAUGGUCCACAACCAUCAACUCAUCUUAUUAUAUUGCCUUGUUCCAGCAAAGCAUUAACCCGGCUUCUGGGCUACCGCUUCAGACGAUUUACAACGUCGAAGGCGGUGGGACUGGGCAGCAAUCUUUCGACUGGCAGGUCCAGAUUUACAAUUCGAACCUAAGCUUCUCGCCUCUCUACUUCCUAUGGCUCAACCCGGGGAAUCCACAAGGGUUCAAGUCUAACUAUUUCAUCAUCACCAACCAGGCUCAAAGCUCGUCAAGCUCAAGUUCGUCGACCGCCUUUACAUCAUCGACCUCCUUGACAACCAGCAUGAUCGCAAGUUCAUCUUCGAGUACGCCUCCCCAAAGGAGCUCAGAUACUGCCUUUGCGUCUCCUUCCAAUGCCAGCUCUAGCACAGAGAUCGUCAAAGUUGGCCUCGGCGUGGGAGUGGGAAUCGGUAUCCCUUUGGUUCUCAUCGCAGGAAUAUGGAUCGGCCUAAAGUCGGUCAAGCAAAGACAAUCUUCUUCACGCGGUACGAGUUCUGGUGUGCCACUAUCCCAGUUUCCCGACAUGGAAAAUCCUCCCAAAUCAUACCCUCCUCCGAAUGAAUCAAAUUACUACGCAGAUCAAAUCCACGAAGCUCCUGGAGAAAGUCAUCAGUGUCAUGAAUUGCCCGGGGAAACAGCACUAAUCGAGCUCGGCUCAAGACAAUUUUGA